AUGUCAUUGCCUAUGUAUGGAUACCAGUUGACAAGAUGGACCACUAUUCUGGUUGAUUUCCAGAUUCAUGAAUACCGCUACCUCAAGCUCAACUAUGAGAGUACCAUCAACUGGAAACAGUCAACAGACCACCUCUGGUCCAAUCCUUCUUUCCAUGGUUCUCUGCACUUCAAUUGCACACUCAUACAGCUUACUGCAGCAAGAACCAUCUUUGUUAAGAUUAUACUAAUGUUUAAAUGUGAAGUUACAGAUGUCAGCACCUUCCAACUUGCACUCAUUCAACCAUACACUGCCAGCAUUCCUGGUGGCUCUUGCAGAAUCAACAGAGAUUUAAGGCUCACUCGGGUCAAAGCUGUUCCCAGAGGAGAUUCAAUUUUUGUACCUCUCAAGUCCUUCAUUCAAGGAGCUGUUUUGGCCCAUGAUCCAGAGCACCAAGACAAGUUUGUGGUCAUCAAGCAUAUUGAUGGUGACAUGUUCCUGCGCAUGAAGGUGUGGGCAUGCUAA